AUGGGAAAGGCAGGAAAAGGUCUCAAAUCAGCGCUACUGUCGCAACAGUCUCGACUAAAGGCCAAACAAAAGUUAUCCCACGCCGCUCAAGUUGCUGAGCAAAAGAUUUUUCGCAUGACCGGGAAACAACCUCGGCGAGACGCUGCGCGGAUGGACCCCACAAGAGAUACCAAAGGAAAGGGGAAAGCUAUUCCACAGACUCUGCGUCCCACAAUUCCAUUCAAUCCCACAGACAAAAUACUGCUCAUUGGCGAAGGCAAUUUUUCGUUUAGCCGUUCAUUAAUUCUAGACGCUCCAAUCCAGUUGCAAUCACUUCCCCCGAACAAUGUGACAGCGACUGCAUACGAUUCCGAAGAGGAAUGCUUCUCCAAAUACCCCGAAGCAGAGGGUAUCGUUUCUUUCUUGAGAUCCAAAGGCGUGGAGGUCAUUUUUGGUGUAGAUGGAACACGUUUGGAAAAACAUCCCCGGUUGAAAGGACGAAAAUGGGACCGCAUCGUUUUCAAUUUUCCGCAUGCUGGCGAGUUGAACUCACUUUUUGUUGUACUUCCGAACUCAACCUCAGAAUUUUCAGGAAAGGGAAUUGCGGACCAGGAUAGAAAUAUCCUAUCAAACCAAAUACUCAUCCUGGGAUUCUUGCGUUCGGCACCCAAAGUGCUACAAGUCGGACCAGUGCCAUCUAUAUACACCCCUAGAAAGAAAAAGCGCGGGGACGACGAUGAGGAUGAGGAAAUGGACCCCAUCAAAGACGUUGUGGAAGAAGUUGACGAAAUGGGCAAUCCCAUACAAUUUUUCGUUCCUUCUGACAACGUUACUACGCGCGGAACUGUACUUAUCACUCUCCGGAAUGUAAUUCCAUAUACGCAAUGGGAUGUUCCUCGAUUAGCGAAGAAUCCGCCACUCGUGCAAAAUGGCAGUAAUACCAAACCUAAUCCAAAGUAUACCCUUCUUAGAUCGUUCCAGUUUCACCGGAAUAUCUGGAAAGGCUACGAACAUAGAAUGACCAAAGGUGAGAGAGCACACGGUAAAGGGACGACUGGGGAUGGAGGAGAAGACCGAACUUGGGAAUUCUGUAUAAAAGAUGAACCCGACAAGGACUCGUAUCAUUAG